UCCAGAUUAAAUCAAAUCAAUGUUGGUCAAACCGCUUCCUUCAUUAGUCAUAAGCUGAAUCAUUUUAAUUCCUCCCAUGACAGAGCAAGGGUGUCUCCAGCCGGCACAGACACAAGGACAAAGCUUACUCCACCCAUAGAUUUAAUUAACACCAAACAAUCUGAGCUCCUUGGUUUAUUGUUACGAUCCUGUGAUGGGGAAGAAGAAGGGAGGUAGCUCAUGGUUGAGUGCCGUGAAAAGGGCCUUCAGAUCUCCAACCAAAGAGCAAGUCGACGAGGACAAGAAAAGAGAAAAACGAAGAUGGAUCUUCAGAAAGCCAGUCGUAAACCAUGAAUCACCGAGUUCCCAGCAAACCCCGGCAGAGCAGAAGUCGGAUGCAGCCGAGGUAGCCACAGAUCAAAAGCACGCGCUGGCUGUGGCGGUCGCCGCCGCCGAGGCCGCCAUGGCCACUGCUCAGGCGGCUGUGGAAGUGGCCAGACUUACCAUACCACCUAAUCAUACUACGGAGCACGACGCUGCUAUUGUGAUUCAGACUGCUUUCAGAGGAUAUUUAGCAAGAAGGGCUCUUCGAGCGCUGAAGGGGCUGGUGAAAUUGCAGGCAUUAGUGAGGGGCCACAAUGUUCGGAAGCAAGCGAAGAUGACGCUUCGGUGCAUGCAGGCUCUGGUUCGAGUCCAAGCUCGGGUGGUUGACCGGCGCGUGAGGUUGUCACACGACGGAAGCAGUAGAAAAUCCACGUUCAGCGACACCAACAGUCUCUUGGAAUCCCGUUAUCUUCAGGAUAUCUCAGAUAGAAGAUCAAUGUCAAGAGAAGGAAGCAGUGUUGCAGACGAUUGGGAUGAAAGGCCACACACGGUUGAAGAAAUUAAAGAUAUGUUGAGGCAGAGGAAGGAGGCAGCUUUGAAGCGAGACAAGUCCUUGUCUCAAGCUUUCUCUCAACAGAUUUGGCGAAGCGGAAGAAGGCCAUCCAUUGGGAACGAAAAGGAGAUGGAAGAGAGGCCGGCGUGGCUGGAGCGGUGGAUGGCGGCGAGGCCAUGGGAGACGAGGGGAAGAGCUUCAGUUGAUCAGAGAGACGCCAUCAAGACAGUAGAAAUGGACACAUCUCGUCCUUACACAUCAUAUUUAGGAUCUAACUACAGAAAAUCACACCCAAAUUAUCAAUAUAACCCACACCAACACCAACCUCAAAGACACUCAGUAGCUUCACCAUUUCACAGAACAGGAUCAUCAUCAUCUCUUCACCAUUCCUCUGCAACCCCUUCUCCUGCAAAAUCCCAGCCAGUCCAGGUCCGGUCGGCGAGUCCUCGCUGUGGAAGGGAAGACAGAAGCUUCCAUAGUACAUCUCAAACACCAAGCUUGAGGUCCAACUAUCAUUACACGGGAAGCUUGUACCAGACGGGAAGAGGUGGAGGUGGAAGCAGCCAUAGUGGCGGUUCUUCGUUGCCUAAUUACAUGGCAGCAACCGAGUCUGCGAAGGCUAGGAUUCGGUCUCUGAGUGCACCGAGGCAGAGGCCUUCAACAUCAGAGAGAGACAGAGUUGGGUCAGCAAAGAAGAGGCUUUCUUUCCCUGCUCAUCCUGGGGAUGCUUAUGGUCGUGGUGGUUAUGUUGGUUAUGGUAGUUUUGGGCAUAGCCUGAGGAGUCCGAGCUUUAAGAGUGUGAGCGGGUCACGGUAUGGGAUGGAUCAAGUUUCCAUCUAUUCUUCUUGCUGCACAGAGAGCCUUGCUGCUGCUGGUGACAUGUCUCCUUCUUCAACUGGUGAUCUUAGAAGGUAGUCAACAUGGCAGAGCAUGAGAUCUUUCACUUCUCGAUUAAUUCUAGGUUUGUCAUGUUUAUGUUAAUGCCCUCCUAAGAAAUGGGGAGAAUUCUUGAAAUAUUUAUGUUGUAUCCGGGAAACAUUUAUUCUCGGGUAAAUUUUUAUCUCGUGGCAUGGACAAUUUGUGUAAAGAGUGUAUUUAAGAUUAAGAAUGUAGUGAUUGCGA